AUGUGGCGCCAGGUCCGUCAUCAACUCCAUGCGCUGGGCCGCGCCAGCGCUGCUGUGCAUGCCCUGAAUUACCUCUACGGCGACCGGUCCUCGCCGUCGCCGUCGGCUCCGUCGGUUGGGCAGCGCUCCGCCGCUGGUCACAUCUGGGACUCCACCGUCGCGCUCGGGCCAGAGCCUGAUGAGUAUCGCGACGACAUCUCAGACCCCAACGGGCUACGCGGGGAGGCCUGUCCGCAGGGCCCGCACACGGGCCCCGCGCUGCUCCGCUCGCCAGUUGACUACGCCUCAUUCCCCGGCGCGAUGGUCGAGCGCCGCAUGCUGGUCUUCUCUCCCGCGCAUGGGCGUCUGGGCAACGUGGGAGUUUUCUAUGUGCCAAAGAGGAGCGGGCGCCUUCGUGUGAUCUUCGAUACCCGCCUGGCCACCUGCGCCUUCACCGACGCCCCGAGGACCCAGCUGCCUUCAGCAUCAGCCUGGGGGCGCUUCGAGACGGGUGGCACGCGCGUCUCCGUCGCCUCGGCCGACCUCGACGUGGCGUUCUACCGCGCGCAGGUGCCGGAGGGGAUGGAGGAGUACUUCACGCUCCCGCCAAUCGCUGCAAAGUACUCGGCGCCCCCGGGCAUCACGGUCGCAGGCGUGACUGGCGAGGACCUCGUGCUACCCCAGGUGGCGGUGCUCCCCAUGGGCUUCAGCUGGGCCUUGCACCUGUGCCAGACGGUGCCCCAGACGUCGCUGUGCCGCGCUGGCUUCUCUCCGGAAGACCUGGUCCUGGACGGCCACUGCGGCUGCCAGCUUUCUGACGAUCCAGCUUCGGUCGUGGGGGCCGGCUACGUGGACAACUACUUCGUCCUCGGCGGCUCCGCGAAGCAGGUGGGCCAGCGGCUGCGGGUGGUGCCUGGCGACCUUGUCCGGCACGGGCUCUCGGUGCACGAGCUUGAGGCGCCCUCCCAGGACCGCGACGUCCUGGGGCUGUCGCUGCGCGAGGGGCGGUGCCUCAGCCUGCGGACUCGCAACAUCUGGAGGCUCCGCGCGGCGAGCCGCGCCGCCACCCGGAGGCAGGCCAUCGGCGGCUUCCUCCUGCGGGUGCUCGCGGGGCACAUCACCUGGGCGCUGCUGCUGCGACGCGAGCUGCUGUGCCACUGUGACCUCGCGGGUGCCAAGGGGAGAGUCGUUGAAAAGUGGGGGUGCAAGAUCGAGGGAGGAGCGCAGGCUAGCAACCGGACGGUCGGGAUGGGAGUCGACAGCUCGUUCGCGGAGACGGCGAUCUGCAGUUUGCCCGAGCUGCGGCGCGCGCUGCCGGCGCCGCUCGCCCUGCUGGCGGCCUCGGGCCCUUCGCUGCUGGAGCGGCUGGUGAUUCGAGGCUCCGCGGCCCGCCCGCAUCGGGUGACGCUGAACGGCUUCGUCGGUUAUUGCAGCAAGCCCAACCUGGACUGGGCGGACCGCCAGUCGCUGAACCAGGCGCCGGUGACCUUCAUGGACAGCCAGUUCCGCCUCGGCGGCGGCGGGCACCUCGGCAACGUGCUCCUGGCAGCGGUCGCGCUCUUCCUCGGCUCGUUGCGCAAGCGGGCGGCCAUGCUGAUGCCGCGUGCGCGCCGCGCCGCGGCCACCUGGGCGCGGCGGGCGUCGUCGCGCACACGGCUUCCACCGACUCGUCGCGCCGUGCCUGCCCUAGCGGGCCUGCUGCUACGCGACGGCUUCCUUUGGCUCGCCAUUUGCAUCCUCGUCGCGUUCGUCUGCUACCUCAGGCCCAUGGAGGCGGCGAAGCGAUGCGGCUGCCACCUCGUAGCACCAUCGCCGACCGUGGGAGCAGGCUACCACCUCCUCGGACUGCUGCAGCUCAAGAGCGGCCAGGAGCCCAAGAAGACAGGCAUCCACGGCGAGAGCAUCCUCUUCGAUCGGGAGCCACGGCUCACACCGCUGUUGGAGGCGCUGAAGGUCCGCACUGCGCCGAGCCAGCAGCCGUUCGGCGAGGGGGUGGACUGCCUGGGCGCGCUCUUCGGGCGCCUGCCGACACUUAUCGCCACAUCGGCGCUCAAGAGCCUCAACCGCUACGCCGAGGAGACAAAGCUCCCGGGCGAGCUCGCCUGGAUCCACUCGGAAAUGGUGGAGUUUGGAGCCGCCUUCGAGAGCAACCUCCAGGCGCCCGGCUGCUCGCGCCCCGGGCAGGGCGGUCCGCCCGCGGAGGCGGUGAGGCAGCACCUGCGGCGGCAGCGCCGGCGCGCGGCCAGUUCGAGCACGGGCCGGGGCGCCCCCCCGCUGCUGCGCCGCCGUCCUGCUCUGGAGCUGUUCUGCGGCGCCGGCACCAUCGCCUCCGCCAUGAACGCGGAAGGGCACGCCGCCCGCGCCACUUGGCAUAUUUUGAACGACAUGUUGUCGAUCUUCGUCGCCGUGCUCUUCUUUGCAUUGACGAAGCACGUCUCCGUUGACUACUUCGGCGAAGAGGAUGGGCACGACCACAAACCUCCUGGCAUGCGAUCAUCUUUGAUCGCAGUGGGUAGGUUCUUAUUUUUCUUCGCCGUGGUCCACCUAUUGAUUUACUUUGCGGCCAAGCUCGAGAACCCGCUGUGGUCCAUGAAGAGCGUUGGCAUCGUAGGUGGGCAUGUCAUUGGUUUCGCGGCCAUUGAUGUGUUCGGCGGACUGUUGGAGCAGCCGUUCUCCCAAAGCUUCGCAUGUGUCUUUGUUGUGGCGGCCUCUCGUUCUGUUCAGUGGGCUCUUGUACCUUUUCUCCCACAAGCUGCUAAAGGAACUUGGGGACGGCGAGGAGUACCACGAGGUGGCCAGUGA